UACCAAGCACACAGACAGACACAGCUAACUUCAUCGGCGACUAAUCAAGCUAAGUAAGCGCGAGCAGCCAUGACGGGGAUGACUAUGGCCGGCGCGUCGUCUCCCUCCAAGAAAAGCGGCCUCCGGGGGCCGCGGCCGCAGCCGCUGAAGGUGGCGUCGGCGCCGCCGUCCUCCAGGCCGUCGACCAAGAAGGCCCACGGUGGCGGUGCGCCGGUGAUCGUCUACGAGCACACGCCCAAGGUCGUGCACGCGCGGCCGCACGAGUUCAUGACCGUCGUGCAGCGGCUGACCGGCAAGCCGGCGCCGGCUCCGGCGCUGUUCCCUGGCUACGAUGUCCCCGGAGCGCCUAUGGAGGAGGGAGCUGGAGUAGGAGACCCGCUGCUGCUCACCCUUGGGCACGGGCAGCAUCCGCCCAUGGCGGCCGGGCAGCUCAUGUCCCCCGGCGGCUUCAUCUUCUCCCCCAACACCAUGCAGUCCAUCCAGGAGCUCUGCUCAACCCCUUGUGCUAAUUGAUCAGCAAAGCAACCAUAUGCAGUUGAUCUGGACAUGUUGCUUACUGCAGGUACCAGUCUAGUACGUAGAAGAUUACACAUAUAUGCAUACUCCUAGUACUAUAUAUGUAAAUAGUGCAGUACAAAUCAGUUAGCCAGGCAGAGUUCGCGCUGUUCGUGUGAAAUUUUCCACGAGGUCGAUCGAUUGAUCGAGGGACUGAAAUUUCGCACGCACAGCACAGCAGCUUCUUGAUACAGUUUUUAUACAAUUCUUAUACAGUUACGCACAA